UAGACUAUUCGAUCAACUAAGUGGGAGCAGUUGGUUUAGGAUUUGUUCAUAAUAAAUUGGAAUAUUUAGAAAAAAAGAUAAAGAAAAUUGAAAAAUCUAGUGUAAGAUGUCGAAAUUGGUUAAAUAUUAUUUUGAUUUAAUGUCUCAACCCUCUCGGGCUCUAUGGAUAGCCUUAAAAAUGGGUAAUGUACCCUUUGAAGAGUGCCCGGUGGCCUUAAGAAAAAAGGAACAACUUUCGGAGGAAUAUAGAAAAAUUAAUCGUUUCCAAAAGGUACCAGCUUUAGUAGAUGGUGAUUUUCAUCUCUCAGAAUCGGUGGCUAUGAUCAGAUAUUUAGCCGAUAAAGGUUUAUUUAGCCCUGACCUUUAUCCCAAAGAUUUGCAAAAUCGUGCCCGUGUUGAUGAGUUUUUGGAAUGGCAACAUUUGACCGUACGUGCUGGCUGUGGUAUGUACUUUAUGCGCUGUUGGCUUUUACCCCAGAAUGGUUUAGCUCAUAUGCCUUCUCAGGAGCGUAUUGAUAGAUUGAUUAAAGAAAUGGAAAACAAUCUUAAAUUGGUAGAGAAAAUCUGGCUAAAAGAUGCCGAUUAUGUUAGUGGUAAAAAAUUGACGGUGGCCGAUUUGAUGGGGGCCUGUGAAAUAGAGCAAACUAAACUUUGCAAAUAUGAUGUUUCGAAAAAGUUUCCCAAAGUAACAGAUUGGUUGGCGAGAGUACGCGAAGAAACGAAUCCCCACUAUGAUGAAGCUCACAAGUUUAUUUACAAAAAGUCGGGCUUGUAAAUAUGAAGAUAAAAGCUUUACAUAUUAUUUAAGAGACUUAAAAAUUUGUUAAACAAAUUACUUUUUUUUAACAAAAAUGUAUUUCUUAAUUUUUAAUUUAA